AUGGUGCUGACGGACCGCAUCGCGCCGCCAGGGGACGAAAAGACAGACAGUGAACAUGGCGAUCUGGCCGUGCGGAUCUACCAGCCCGCGUCGGAAAAGCGGUUGCCGCUGAUGAUCUAUUUCCACGGCGGAGGAUACAUUGCAGGCAACCUGGACACGGAGGACGCGCACUGUCGCAUCUUCGCGGCCAAAGUGCCCUGCUUGGUGAUCAGCGUCAAUUACCCCAAGGCUCCACGGGUGAAGAUAGACGGCAUCAUCGAGGUCGGAGCGCUGUCUGUGCCGUGGUGUCGUGAUCGAGCCAAAGGACUCGGCCAUGAUCCGUCAAAGACCAUUCUCUGUGGCGGCUCGGCGGGUGCUUUUCUCGCGACCCAGAUCGUGUACCGCUUCAUGUGCGAGGGCGACUAUACGUCGGUGACGGGAUGUGUGCUUCUCUGCCCGGUCAUUCUGAAUUGGGAGUACCAGGGAAAAUACAAGCACAUGUACACAUCGUGGGAAGACAAUGGGAACAGUGGCGUGCCGGUCUUUGGCCUCGAGUUGGCCAAGUUCAUCUGGUCACACUACGACAUCGACUUCAACAAUCCUCGACACUUUCCGCUUCUUGCGGACGAUCUGUCCAAAUUCCCUCCUUGUUACAUCGUCACCGCGGAGAAGGACUGUGCUCGGGAUGAUGGGAUUCUGCUCGACCACAGACUCAAGGAGAGCGGUAUCAAAAGCAGGCUUGACCACUAUGAAGGUCUGCCUCAUUACUUCCACGUCUUUCCGAGUUUAGGUCUGGCCCAUGAGAUGAUGGCGAAGGCGGUAGACGGUGCGAAGUUCGUGUUGGAAGCAUAG